UUUUUUAUAACGGUCGAUCUUUCGAGUCCGCGCGGCGUCCAUUUUAUCUUCAUGAGGAAUCGUUAACUCGACUCGAUUUACUACUUUUUUUCACGCCAUAUAAUAAUGUCUGGUUUCUUCGUAAAUAGAAUGAGGAAGAAUCCUUGGCACCCCGGUAAAUCUGCAGUCAUCCCCCAAUAGCCGUUCCACUUUUCAUCGGUCUCAGGAAGUUUCUUUUUCUUCUUCAAACGGAUCUGCUGUCUUGAACGCACGAAGUACGAAUUCCAUUUAAACCCAUGAUAACCGACGGCACAGCAUUAAGAGGCCUCAACAAAAGCGAAAAGCGCCAGACGUUACUACAAGACCCUGCAGCUGCGAUGUUCGUCUCACUCCGAUAUGCAUUGUGUUUCUAAGAAGAGAUUUCAUCUCAGAUAGUUCCACAGCACCAUGCCCUUCAACGUUCUUCUUUUGAGAAAGAUCUUUGCGAUCACAUAAUGGUAACAGAACAAGCGAGGGAUUAUUACUCUUUUGUCGGACAAUUCGGUGCAGAUUUUGAUAAAGGCACCAUGAAGGAGUACAACCACUCGGUGAAUGUCAUUACAAUGAACAACGACAACAGCACCAACCACGGCAACUGCAGUAGGAGUAACAGCUUCGACAGCGGCGACGAGGUGACCACCUCUACGAACACCACUAACAACAACAACAACAACAACAAGAAUAGAGGUGGCGGCAGCGACAGAGUAAAUGAUUACCAAAACGUGGAACAUCGUCAAUUGUAUUUUGACGGACCAAAGACACAUUGCGAAAACGAAACUUUGGAUUGUAUCAGUGAGAAAAACAACAGCCACGGCAUUCUGACCCCGUCUGACGUUCGAUCCCUUGGGCUACCGGUUAAUGGCUUCAGGGACAUCGUUCUGUUCGACAACGAUGAUUUCGUGGCCAUCUGCGAGAACUUUGUUAAGCUUUAUUCGACGUCCGGCGACCUGUUGCACAAGAUCGAACUGGCCAGCACACCUCUUUCCCUGUGCAGGGUGGGCGAACGUCGAGUUGUGGUGACCUGUACCUCGCGGGUGCUGCGUUUGAUUGCCGUUCACAUCGACAACGACAACAACAACAACAGCAACAACAAUUUUAACAACAACAACAACGGUAGCGGUGACAACAACGACAGCUGUAGAACGUUGGUUCUCGAGCAAGAAUUGAACACCGCAACCCAGUACUGCAGCGUAGCUCAGCUCAGCUCUAGUGAACUAAUCGCCGUCGGUCUUAACGCCCCCGUAUUGCACCGGCUCCUUUACAUGCCCACCCACCUGGAAGUGCUGUCCACCCUGUAUUUGGAGCAAGUCGGUAAACUGAACGUGCGCCAUCAGCGGAGCUACCGUUGCGUGUGUGUCAGCGCCGCCAAACAAAUUCUUAUUUCAGACAGAAUGAACAAUUUCGUCAUCAGCCUCAGUACAUCAGGCACCUGGAAGAUCCCGUUUUUCUACAAGCCCCAGGGCAUGGUUGUCGCUGGUUCUUUCUUUUAUGUCAUCCAGGGUGGAGGACUGAAUUUGGUAUAUAGAUUCCGGCUGAAUGGUCUUGAUGCCUUCUGUCUCCUGCGCAAAGAACACGAGCUGCUAGACCCCUGGGGCCUGUCUAUAAACAGGAACAAGAAACUAGUGAUUACAUGCAAUACCUCUGACUGCCCCACAGUCAGGGUGUUUACGUGACAGACAACCAGCAGCCUUGACAUAAUGCACCUUAUUUCUGUUCUUGACUUUAUGUAAACACAACCACCAUAACCUGCUGAAACACGCAUUAUAUAUAUAUAUAUGUUUGUAUGUAUGUAUAUAUAUUUACUGUGUGCACAUGAACACAAAUGCACUGUAAUAACGUAUGUGUAAUAAUACAGGAACUGACAACGAAUGAUCCAUUUUAUUUU